AUGUGUGCGGCGUUCUUCCGGUUAGUUCCUGAGCCUGAGGGAGUGGGUGAGGACCCGGGUCCGCCGAUUAGUACCUUACCCCACCGGCCAGACCAGGUGGACUCCGAAAGUGUAAAGAAGUUCCACAAUGAUUGCAUACAGGUAGACUUGCGAGUCCGGGAAAGCGUUCUCCUAAGAGCCAUAGCCAGUCUCAUCCCGGAUUUACUAAUAGUAUCAAUGUUGUGUCUGGCAGCCUCCCUCAAGUUCGUCUGGAACUCCGAAAGUCUUCUGAUACACCUGUGGCUACUAGCAGUUGUCACCGCCGCCUUCGUCACCCGUAAACUAUUCAACCCAUAUCAUGUCCACCCUGCAUGUGGUAGCCUCACUGUAUUCGGUGACUUCUUCUCUGUAUUGCAUGUACAUGGUAGCCAAAGUGCUAGCGGUAAUAGCAAUGUUACGUUUCUUAGACUCCCCUAG